CCUGUCUCCCUACUACGGAAAAACCCAAUUAAAACCCCAAAGAAUCAAGCUCAGACGCCACUGCUCUCGAUCUAGUCUUCAUCACACUCUCGUAGCUCAUCUCUUUCCUUCUUCUCUCCUCGUCUUGUAGCUGUCGCGCCAAGUGGUACUAGCCAGCUUUGAGGUCUGUUUGUCAUGGGCAACUGCAGCUGCCUGGAGCGGGCGAGGGUGACAGCGUGGGACGACGAAAACGACGACUGGGGCCUGCCGGAGCCGGCCGAGCGCUCCGGUCGGGCGCGAGGAAUGCCGACGACGGAGAACGGCGGCACGCGGGUGAAGAUCAGGAUGACCAAGGGCCAGCUGCGCCGGCUGCUUGAGAGCGCCGGGCGCGGGGAGGCGCCUGAAGAAGACGUCGUCGCGGAGAUCAUGAGCAUGGGCACCGUGCGCGUCGACGUCGUUAAAGUUGCUGAGCGCCGGCCGCCCAAGCUCGAGACGAUACAAGAAGACGACGUGGAUGAGUAGACAAGGCGAGAUCAUCGACAUCAUCUGGAGAUCGACUGAGAGAUGGCGAUCGGCUUGCAUUUGCGUGCACAUAUUUACUUAUCUAUUUGUUUAUUUUGUUUAGCACAUCCUUAUUUGCUUAUUUAUUACUCUGUAGCUUGAGGAAUUUUUGUACGUGAUAGCUAGCAUAUCUGUCGUACUAGGUAGAGUCAGGGGUAUGUAUACAUCGGAAU